AACUCUCAAAUUCAAUACCGCAAAAGUGCGAAGAAGGAAAACCAAUUUUUAUAUCAGAGUUCUCAGACACGGUGAUUUAUAUAUCAGAGUUCUCAGAUUCACACACCGAUACAGAAUUACAGAUCGAAAAGCUCCACACAGAGAGAGAGAGAGAGAGAAGCAAUGGAGGUAGAACUGAAAGAGAUGCUGCAUGAUCUCGAAUCGCUCAAGCAAUCGCUUCCUGAUCCUUCUCAUCGUGCUUCAAUCGAUAAGUUACGGCUGCGAGUAGAACAACUUACAAGUCUGGAAAAGUCAGGACCUGCUCGGCGUUUAAAAGUCAAGGAUAUGAGUGCAGAGGUUGUAGAUAGCAAUCCUUAUAGUAGGCUAAUGGCUCUUCAAAGGAUGGGUAUUGUGGAGAACUAUGAAAGAAUACGAGAGUUCUCGGUUGCCAUUGUUGGAAUAGGUGGUGUAGGGAGUGUUGCAGCUGAGAUGCUAACAAGGUGUGGCAUAGGUCGCCUUUUGUUAUAUGAUUAUGACAAAGUGGAGUUAGCAAACAUGAAUAGGUUAUUCUUUCGUCCAGAACAGGUUAAUAUGACAAAGACAGAUGCUGCUGUACAGACCCUCUCAGACAUAAAUCCUGAUGUCAUCCUUGAGAGCUAUACAAUGAACAUCACCACAGUACAAGGUUUUGAAACGUUUGUGUCAAGUUUGAAAAACAAGUCAUUUCGCCCAAAUAAAGAAGGUAGUGGAGUGGAUUUGGUCUUAAGCUGUGUGGAUAAUUAUGAAGCAAGGAUGGCUGUUAAUCAGGCUUGCAAUGAAAUGAAUCAGACAUGGAUGGAGUCAGGUGUAUCUGAGGAUGCUGUUUCAGGUCAUAUUCAGUUGUUGAUACCUGGUGAAACAGCCUGUUUUGCAUGUGCACCUCCUUUGGUUGUGGCAUCUGGAAUAGAUGAACGGACACUGAAGCGUGAAGGUGUUUGUGCUGCAUCUUUACCUACCACCAUGGGAGUUGUUGCUGGGCUUCUUGUCCAGAACACCCUUAAAUUCUUGCUAAAUUUUGGACAGGUUUCCCCAUACUUGGGAUAUAAUUCUCUUAAAGACUAUUUCCCAACCAUGGAAAUGAAGCCAAACCCUCAGUGUUCAAAUGUAGCUUGUCUAGAACGACAGAAAGACUACAUUGUUGCAAAGCCAGCUAGGGAUGUUGCACUUAAAGCAAAGAUGGAAGCUGAAGCUUUGUUGGUUCCAGAAUGCCCACUUCAUGCUGACAAUGAAUGGAGCAUAAGUGUCGUUGAUGAUAGUGGGCUGGAUGGCAUGGAUGCAGCUAGUUCUGAUACUCUCCCGGAAGGUCUUGUCCGAGAGCUCCCAAGUGCAGACAAGGCUCAAGAACUGCCGACUUCUGAAGCUCCACUUACGUCUAAUGAUGACUUAGAAGAUCUUAGGAGGCAACUUGAAGCUCUCAAUUCUUGAUACCCCCAACAGUUCCCCACCCACCAUGCUAAUUUCUUUACCAAGUUAAAGAUAUUAAUUGACUCCAUUUUUGUAACAUGAUUUGUGAUUUUUUUUUGUCUUCCUUUGGAGAGGGGGUUGUUUGGGGUUACUUCCUCUCCUUUUGGGAAUUCAUCUGUACAAGUUUAGAUGUUAUACAUCUUCAAAUCAAGCAUCAGAUCCUUUGAAUUAAGAAAAAGGAUAGAGACUUUAACAUGAUAAAUGGGUUUCCCUUUUGCACUA